AUGAAAAGCAGUCCUUCUUUGCGAAAAGAAGAUAUAUUCACAAUGGCCGAGACACGCAAACCCAACAAGCUGUACUGCACCCACCCCAAAAAUUAUGGAAAGGGAUCUCGAGCAUGCCGAGUGACCGGACGUGAUGGAGGUAUGGGACUCAUCCGAAAGUAUGGAAUCAACAUGAAGAGACAGGUCUUUCGUGAGCGAGCAACCGACAUGGGAUGGAUCAAGUACAGCUGA